CUUUUUCACUCUAGUUUCUAUAUUCUUUUUCUUUCCAUAUAUAUAUUCACACUCUUCAAACAUCUCUCACCAGAGCAUAAACAGAGUCACCGGAAGUCUCUAUCUCCGGCGACACACAAAAACAAAAAAAAGUUCAUAUAUUUAGAUUCUUGUGACUAUCUGCUCUAAUGGGUCAAUCUCAAAACUCUCUCUUUCUUUUUCUACUUCUUGUUUUCAUCUAUGGCGUUUCCUCCACCACUUUCACCGUCGUUAACCAGUGCAGCUACACCGUCUGGCCUGGCCUUCUCUCCGGCGCCGGAACCGCUCCUCUACCCACCACCGGGUUCUCUUUAAACCCGACUGAAACACGCGUCAUACCAAUCCCCGCCGCUUGGUCCGGCCGUAUUUGGGGCCGUACUCUCUGCACACAAGACCCAACCACCGGAAAGUUUACUUGUGUCACCGGAGACUGCGGUUCAUCCGCCGUCGAAUGCUCAGGUUCCGGCGCCGCACCUCCGGCGACGCUAGCUGAAUUCACCUUAAACGGAGCCGGCGGUCUCGAUUUCUACGACGUCAGUCUCGUCGACGGAUACAACAUCCCUAUGACGAUCGUCCCACAAGGCGGCGUCUCCGGGAACUGCACCACCACUGGCUGCGUUGCGGAGCUCAACGGCCCGUGUCCUGCUCAGCUGAAAGUGGCGACGACGGGGACUGAAGGAGUGGCUUGCAAAAGCGCUUGUGAGGCGUUUGGGACGCCGGAGUAUUGCUGUAGCGGCGCGUUUGGAACGCCGGACACGUGUAAGCCAAGCGAGUACUCGCUGUUCUUCAAAAACGCGUGUCCGAGAGCUUAUAGUUACGCUUACGACGAUGGAACUAGCACUUUCACUUGCGGCGGAGCUGAUUACGUCAUCACUUUCUGUCCUUCUCCUAACCCAAGUGUCAAGAGUGCAACGAAGGGAGGAGGACUUGAGACCGAAGCCGUAAGCUACUCUGCUGCAUCUCCAAACGCGUCCCCAACUCUCUCUACUACGGUGUUUUCGAUUGGUGUUUUGGUUGUCGCGUUUAGGGCGGUUCAACGCCUUUGGUGAAAGCCGUGCGGUCUGAUUUUAAUAACAGCAUCAUUCGAUUCAUCUAAGAGAAAUUAAGAACAGAUCAUCAACCAAAGAUGAUCAGAGGAAAGAGUUAAUUAGUCCGAGAUGAUUAUUUUUAGAACGGUUAAGCUUGUGUGCGGUCCUAAAGCGCUAAGGAUCAAUUUGUUUUAGAUUGAUUAGUUUUAUAGUAUAGUUAUGACUUAUUAGUUGCUUCGUAAUUUGUUUAGACAUGUUGGUGGGCUUUACGGUGUUAUGUAGGAGACUUAUAUAUAAUAGUUUUGAUUGCAGAAUUAGUUGAUUGGUAA